UGUUUUGUACCAUUUCAGUUGGCAAGAUCUUGUGAUUGAAAUAAAUUUUUAAUUUUGCUUGUGAAAGGGUCUUUGGUUUAAUGAGCAAAAUGCCUCCUAAGACAAAACUUUUUGUAGGCAUGUUGCCUCCCAACUGUAGGGAAAUAACUUUACGUAAGCUCUUCGAAAGGCAUGGGGAAGUGGUGGAAUGUUCCAUAAUGGGCAGUUAUGCCUUCGUACACAUGAAGUCUGAAGAAGAGGCUGAAGCAGCCAUUCAGGCUCUCAACCAACAGGAAGUUAAUGGCUACAACAUUAGUGUUGAGCAAUCAACGGGAGAAAAGAGAAGUGGUGGUCGUGGUAGAGGACGCGGCAUGUUCAGGGGAGGUCGGGGGAUGGACAGGGGGGGUGGCUGGGGUGGUCGGGGAGGUGGGCCCAUGAGAGGGGGCAGAGGGGAGCCAUACCCACCUCGUGGGGGUGAUGGAUAUGACAAUUAUCGCCCCACUCCUUAUGACAGACCCGGAUAUGAUCGACGACCUCUUCCACCUCAUCCUGCUGAAAGAUAUGGCCCCAUGCCGCCCCCACCUCCUAUGCGCAAUGGAGGAUAUUAUGACGAGUACGACCGAGCGCCUGAGAGACGUGCCAUGCCUUAUGGGCGUGAUCCGUACGAGAGAUACGACGCCUACGAGCGACGCCCCGCACCCCCCGCUCCAGCGCUGACCCCCCGUCGCAGCCCCCCACCCCCUGACCGCCGCCCCAUCCCCACCGUCCCUCUCACCUACGACAGACGUCCUGAGCCCUACGAUGUGCGCCCGCGUGAUCCAUACUACGCUGCGCCGGCGCCCCAGCGAGACCUGCUUUAUCCGCCCAGGGUUCCUUCGCCGUCAGGACGCGCCCCCUCCCCGCCCAGGUACGGCGCCCCACCUCCCAUCCGACGCUACUAACGAACAUCUGCGUACAAUACGUCUGCGUCGCCAGCCUAUGCUAUGCCUGCGACAUUCCUUGCCUCGUAGCAUAGAUGAAACAAGCGAUACCGUGGCUUCCUUGGACGUGAAAUUGACGGUAGAAUCUCGUCAACGGUUAUUGGAGUUCUCGAUGACGUAUCCCUGGCAUCUAACGUUGAAGUAACGUAGCUUAAGCGUCGUUUUUACGAAAUAAAGUCGUAAUCAACGUUGUUUCAACUUCAUUUGCCUGGAGAGCGUGUAGUUCUCUUACAUCGACGUAUUCGACAUGUUCAGCAACGCGUCAUUAUUGCCGUAAUUAAUCUACUUACUUCGUCUCUAGAUAAAGUCUCAAAAUAUGGUUGUUCAGGCCUUAAUGGUAACUAUUUGUCUCAGUCUUGUCGUGACGCUAUGGCUUCGUAUGCGAUUCGCACAACCCCUCACAAACAUUCUUUCUGCGUUACUAGCGAGAACUCGCUGCUCUCCGAGCUUUGCGGCUAACGCGUUUGAGAAUACGCGUAAUUGAUGUCUAGAUUAACAUCAACCCAAUUUUCAUAUUUUGGAAGACCAAGAAUUUUUAAUUUCGGCUUAUCGUGAGGUAUUCGUAGCUUUGCCUUGAAAUGUGAUCGUGUAAAUUGCCUCAUUGGUGGAUAUGUACGUCUUCGCAAGCCAAUCGUUAAUUCUCUGCGUAAUCUUAGUCUAUUCUCGGUUCUUGAUCAUGAAGCAGUCACGCGAAAAUUUCUCAUUGGUUCAUAAAUUUAUUUUAUAUUUGGGUGUAAUUAUUGGAAAUUUUUAAUAUCCAGUGCUCGUUUACCGGGAAUCUCAUGGAAGGAAAUUCAUUUUUUGCUUCUUUUUGUUCGUUUUGCUUAUAUUGGGCGCUACGUUGAAGCCCAGGCUUCAAGCUUUAUUUUACUGUACCUGUUGAUAUUUUAGAGACGUCAAUACAUCGGCUUCUUAAUUU